CUUGGCGCGUUCGGAGGGGGCGGAAGUGACGUCAGGGCUGGCUUGUCCUCGCUUUGCCCGCGAUGCGGCUGCUCAGUUGGAACGUGAACGGGCUGCGGGCGGGCGCGGGGGCCGCGGGGCUGAAGCCGCUCCUGGACGCCUUGGGGGCUGACGUCAUCUGCCUGCAGGAGACCAAGAUUACACGAGACCUGCUUGAGGAGCCGCUGGCUGUAGUGGAGGGCUACAAUGCAUAUUUUAGCUUCAGCCGUACUCGCAGUGGCUACUCAGGUGUUGCAACCUUCUGUAAGGCCACUGCUACUCCAGAGGCGGCUGAGGAGGGCCUCUCUGGGCUUUGGACUAAGCAUGAGGGGGCCGUCGGUUGCUAUGGAGCCCCAGAGGCCUUCACCACAGAAGAGCUCCAGGCCCUGGAUAGUGAGGGCCGGGCUGUGAUCACCCGCCAUCGCAUUUGCACUUCAGAACAGCAGGAAACCACCCUGACAGUCAUCAAUGUAUACUGCCCACGUGCUGACCCUGAAAAACCAGAACGAGGAGAAUUUAAGCUGCGUUUCUACCAUCUCCUUCAAGCCAGGGCUGAAGCUCUUCUUAAAGCUGGGGGGCAUGUUGUCAUUAUGGGAGACAUCAACACUUCACACAAACCCAUUGAUCACUGUGAUCCUGGAGAUUUGGAGUCCUUUCAAGAGCAUCCUGGACGCAACUGGUUAGAUGGUUUCCUGUGGGAGCCGGGGAAAGACUCCCCACACGAAGAACUCUUUGUUGACACCUUCCGCUUUCUCCACCCUACGCAGAAGGAGGCCUAUACCUGCUGGUGCAAUGUGACAGGGUCCCGGCACCUCAAUUAUGGGACCCGCAUUGACUACAUCCUGGCCGAUCGGGCUCUGGCGCUGUCAGAGCUGAAAGAAGCCCAGCUCAGGCCAGAAGUGUUUGGCUCUGAUCAUUGUCCUGUGCAGGCUGUGCUGAAAAGCGUCUGCCUGGGGGCUCCUCGCUGCCCACCUCUCUGCACUCGUUUCCUUCCUGAGUUUGCCGGCACCCAACAGAAGCUCAGCCGCUUCCUGAUGAAAGUGGAACGGAACGGCCUGCCGGAGAAGAGGCAAAAGCCAGAUUGGGUGGAGACGGGUGCAGCAACGGUAGUCUCCAAAAAGAGUCGGAUCGGCCCGUCACAGAAGGGGCAAGUUGAUUUGCGUCACUUCUUCAAAGUUGGGAGCAGAACUGGGGGGAUUGACAGUUCUGGGUGCCAAUCAGAAUGGAGAACAACUGAGGACUCUGGGAAAGAACCUCCUGCUGAGACUGCUGGAGUUGACAAACCUGGAAGUGAGGAAGUUGCCAGUGAAAUCCAGGCACUUGUUGGGAUUGUGAGAGAGGAGUCCUCCAUGGCCGUGGCCAAUGAGAAAACUGUGAAUUGUGGGAAAGAUGGAGUUACCUUGAAGCCUACUCAGAGUGCUGCCUUGUGGAGGUCCCUGCUGCCAGGCCCUGCUCGCCCACCGCUCUGCAAAGCCCAUGGGGAGCCCUGUGUCCUCCGAACGGUGAAGAAGCCAGGGCCAAACUGCGGGCGGCGCUUUUAUGUCUGCGCCCGACCCCUGGGGAAGUCCUCUGAUCCCCGUGCCCGCUGUGACUUCUUCCUGUGGGCCAGUCGGGGCAAUCUUUAAAA